AUGGCGUCCGUCGCUCGCCCGCCGACCUCUCGCACCAGCCACCGCCGCUCCGCCUCUUCCCGCCGCGUGCGCGCAUGGUCUUCGCUCUCAGCGCUGCUCCUCGCCGCGUGCUGCCUCCUCGCGCUCUCCCCGAACCGUGGGGUCCUGCCCGUGGCGCGUGCGACGCAGCAAGUCCCGUGGGACAACUUCACCUCGCCGUGCACGCCGCUCUCGGACCCUCCCCCCGCCGGCUUCAAGCUGUGGAGCGAUCCGACGAUAUGGCCCGGAGGACUGGUGCCGGGCGUGGCGGCGGGCAAGGGCGCCAACGCCACCAUCCCGUGCGGCUUGGCCGUGCUUCUCAACGUGCCGUCCGUCGUGCUCUCCACUCUCACCAUUCGGGGCAUGCUCAAAAUCAGGGACACAACGUUGCGGCCGCUGGUGGCGGUGAACGCGUCGUUUGUGAUCGUGGAGGGGCAGCUGAUCGCAGGCAACAGCACCAAUCACUUCUCCCAGCGGGUCGUCUUCACGCUCACACCCAACCCCAACGGCCGCGCCCCCUACCAGUACUCCGGCAAUGCACCCGCUGACCCCUCCAACCCCCGCAACUUCGGCCACAAGGCCUUCGUCGUGGUGGGAGGGCAGGUGCGCAUGCACGGCAUGCCGGGUGGCUCCGCCACUCCCGCUUGGUGCCGCCUGGCAGCGACAGCACAGGCGGGCGAUUCAGCCAUCAUAGUGGACCGGGACGUCACGGCAUGGCCCGUGGGCUUCUAUGUUGGCCUCGCCUCCACCGACUUUUAUGCCGACCAGAUCGACGUCGCCGCCAUUGUCAAUGUGACCGCCAUGGGUGGCAGCAAGUGGCGUGUGAAUCUCAGCGCGCCGCUCUCCUACAGCCACUUCGGAGAGAUCGUGCCCGAUGGGUUCGGCGGCACGAUAGACGAGCGUGGGGAGGUGGUGCUGCUGAACCGCACAGUGGUCAUUCGAGGGGAGGACGAGGCGGCACCGCACAACUGGGAGGGCGGGCACUUCAUGGUGUUCUUCACUCAGACCGCGCAGAUGAUAGAGGGCGUGGAGUUUGCCCAGAUGGGGCAGCAGGGGCAGCUGGGGCGCUAUAACAUUCACUUCCACCUGUGUGGGAACCAGGCGGGGAAGAGUGUGGUGCGCAAGAACGUCAUGCAUGACAGCAAGCAGCGCUGUGUGGUGGUGCACGCGACGUUCAAUCUGACGGUGGAGGAGAACGUGGCGUUCAACACGAGAGGGCAUUGCUUCAUGGUGGAGGAGGGCGGCGAGCAGGGCAACUCCUUCAUCCGCAACCUCGGCGUCUGGACGCGCCCAGUGAAGGUGAAGAUAUCAAGCGAUGAGACGGAUGACGAGCCAUCCACAUUCUGGAUCACCAACCCCAACAACAACUAUAUUGGGAAUGUGGCCGCCGGCUCAGAAGACACCGGCUUCUGGCUGGAGCUGAGGGACGAAGUGAGGGGGCUGUCUUCUCAGUGGCCGCUGAUCAACACGCUGAUUCCCUUCAACUACCACCGCGUGGGCACGUUCGCGGGCAACGUUGCUCACUCGUGUGACACGGGCUUCCGAGACUACCCCGGGGGGUUCAUGCCGCGCUUCAACGCCUCCACCCUCGACCAGGACGAGACCUACUGGGACCAUCCAGUAUGGGUGACUAUCUCGGGCUUCACUUUCUACAAGAACAUCUACGCGGGGGCGUUCAUCCACAACACGGACUACGUGGUGUUUGACGGCUUCACAGCAGCGGACAACAUGUGGGGGGUGGAGAUGUCUCAGGUGGAGGGCAUUGUCAUGCGCAACCUCAGAGUUGUGGGGCAGACCGCCAACUACGGCAACCCCUGGGAUUGCACCGACCCGGACUCUGACGGCUGCGCUCCGGUCUCCGGCUGCAAAUUCCCAUUGGCGAAGGGGCAGCAGGGGCGCAGUGUGGGGGAUGGGGGCUGGGAGGAGCCGGUAUACGGGCUGGUGUUGACGCAGAGCCCAUGGUUCACUGAUGGGCUCUUCAACAACGUUGUUGACGGCGCUAAGUUCGCUGGGUUUGACAACACGUGCAAGACGUCUGCAGCGGUGGCAGUUGGGGGGGACAUGGGAACGUACUGGAACGCAGGCAACAACUUCAAGAACCUCAAGUUCAGCACUGCAACGCGGACCAACCCAGUGUUCGUCCAGCCUCGGAAAUACCCUUCCAGGUACGACUCGUCGGAGACGGAGGACCAUGGGGAGGCACAGACACAGGUGGCAUUGAGGGACAUGGAUGGCAGCAUACUGGGAUCAGUGCUGGGCAACAACUCAAAGAAAGCCACGCCCAUUCCGACUGGCUUCCUAGUCGCCAACAACAAAGCGGUCCUCCCUCCGCUGACCCCCUCAGGCACGUACGGCUCGUGCAAGCCCAUGCCAGGAGUCAACCUGUACGCGUGCCCCUCGCCCGCACACUGCUUCCGCACCGUCAACGUCCGCUACCUUGAACCCGCCACCGCAGCCAACGUCAACCGCACGCAGGCCCACGGCGUGAUGAGCUUCAUCAAGGUGGUGCGUGCGAGUGACGGCGCGGAGCAGACGUUCGACGGGAACUCAGACCACAUUGAGCUGGAAGAGGGUGCGAAGAAGGCGGAGCGGACGUUUGGGUUCACAGCGCUGGUGGGGGAGGUGUAUGUGGUGGAGGUGGUGGGGCCACGUGGGGAGGAGGAGUGGCAGCCGGAGGAGGUGGAUGUGUACUUUGGGGAUGGCGUGGAUAAGGACUUUGCGGGGGGCUGUGCAGGCGCUGUGAUGGUGCGAUUCAAGGCGCCUGCCGGGGGGGACACACAGUGGGCCCCCAGGAUGGCAGAUAACGCCGCGUGGCGGCCCUGUGCAGGCACCACUCAGCGUGCAACCGCCCUGUUCUCAUACGAGUGCGAUGCAAAGUCAGGGCGGCAGCAGGUGCAGGUGGUGCUGUCAGGCGAUGUGGACUACUACCUCCCUGCCACCCUCUAUGUCACCCAGAACCCCCCUGCACCCUGCUCCACCCCUUCCCGCUGUGGCCUGCUGGCACCGCGUGCAGUGUGGCGCUACAACCAGCAGGGCGGCGAGCUACAUGCUCGCUACCCCGGCGGUCCAGCCUUCUACAAUCCAAGCUUCAAGGACUCUUCCUGGCCCUCAGGCCCUGCCCCGCUCGCCUACGUGGAUUACGAAUGGGACAUGGUGGGCACGUUACUGGCGGAGCCGUCAUGGAACAAGCGAACCACCUACUACUUCCGCACGUCCUUCUCCCUCACCAACUCCGCGUGCGUCUCGAGCCUGCUGCUGCAAAUGCCGGUGAACGAUGGUGUGAUUGUCUACAUCAACAACCGUGAGGUGCUGCGCCUCAACAUGCCAAAAGGGGCCGUCUCCACUUCCACCUCCGCACUGUCGGAUAAAGAGGCGAUCAACGACGACGGCGAUGACGACAGGUUCAUCUACACAGACGCGACAGUGAAGCUGGGGGGGGCGGCAGCAGCGCCGGUGCUGACAGACGGGGUGAACGUGGUGGCAGCAGAGGUGCACCUCAAUCAGGACGACGGCUGGGACAUCGCCUGGGCUCUGCGCCUCUCUGCUCUCCCCUCGUACGUGCCACAACAAAUUCCUGGUGCAUGCGAGGGUGCAGCUGCCAAGACCGUGCUAGCCUCUGUUGAUGGUGCUCCCUUUAGACCAGCCACCAGCAUGUGUGCUGCUGGAGACUGUGAGGUGGUAGUGGCACCAGGGGGGCGGUCAUGGGUGUGUGCGGGUGAAGCUUAA